GUUUGAGUAUUUUUCAAUCUUAGCAAACGUCACACAGCUACAGUAUGCACUAUACACCGUACAAAGAAUUAUAUUGUAAAGACGAGUUUGUUAAUAUAACUGCGCGAUUGCAAAUGUUGCUGAGGUUACACUUGAGCCGGGAAGUGCAUUGACCUUUUUGGCGAAUGUUUGCUGGAAAAUAAGAUCGCAAUCGAUCGCUGAUACGUUAUUGUAUAUAACACACAUCGACGUAAAUGUCAGUAGCUGUAAAGCAAGUGACCAAAUAUAGCCUAUGUAUAACUAUGGACAAUGGAUGUGGGCAAUGGUUCAAUUACAAAAACAUGCGAGCUGCAUAAGCCUCACUUCAAACAAGCUUGUCAAGCUAAGGGUACCCUGUCAGUUUUCAUUUUCAGUGAUCAUUGUUCUGUUUUCAAUAGGUCAGUGUUCCAAAAACGUUCCCCAUUGAGAUGGUUUCGAUAACAGAAUUGCAAUUACAAUCUUAGAAACAAUUUUCGAGCUAUGAUUUUGUGAUGGGUCAUCAAAGCAGACUGUUUGAUGGACUACGAUGUGGAAGAAACAACGAUACAUUUUCAGCACACAAUCUAGAUGUAAAUUGUACCAAUUGGCUUCUCCAGUGUUUCGAGGAAGACCAGCUGGUGUCUCUGGAUCCCAUCAAGCAGUUUGGUAAUUGGUUUGAUGAAGCAACAAAGUGUCCUGAUGUAGGAGAGGCCAAUGCUAUGUGUAUCGCCACAUGUACAAAGGAAGGUCUUCCAUCUGCUCGUAUGGUGCUGCUGAAGGGGUUCAGUGACGAAGGCUUCCGCUUCUUCACUAACUAUGAGAGCCGAAAGGGUAAAGAACUGGAGAGCAAUCCUUUCGCUUGUCUUGUCUUUUACUGGGAGCCACUGAACAAACAGGUCCGAAUUGAGGGUCCAGUGGAACGAAUCCCCUACCAGAGCUCUUGUGAUUACUUCCACUCCCGGCCCAAGAGCAGCCAGAUUGGUGCAGUCGUUAGCCGGCAGAGCACCGUUGUCCCAAACAGAGAGUACCUGAGGCAGAAGAAUAGAGAGCUGGAGGAAAAGUACAAGGAUGAAGAAGUCCCCAUGCCAGACUACUGGGGUGGCUACAUUGUCAAGCCUCAGAUGAUUGAGUUUUGGCAGGGCCAAACCAACAGGCUACACGACCGCAUCGUGUUUGUGAAGCCGAAGGACGGGGAGGUGGGCCCGGGUGAGAUGCAGCACCAAGGGGAGGGGGGCUGGGUGUACUACCGGCAGUCCCCCUGAGCGCAGGAGCACAGACAGACAGCUGGCAGGAUCGCAAACAGCCAGAGGAGCAGCUGGGCCAGGGCUGGAAAGCUGUCCACUUAUCACUCUCAGUCAUGCUGCAUACAAAUGUGUUGAUUUUUUGUGAUGGGGAAGUCUUUUUAUACUUCAAGCCUUUUCAUCAUUUCAGGGGUACUAAGGAUUGGUCUUUAAAACAAUUAACCUCUGUAAUUGUUUCAGAGGUAACUUGAAUUUCUUUUCUGAGAACAUUACAUGUCCUGGAAAACCCUGAGUGCCCCUGAACUGAAGGAAAAUGUUUCAGUGAAAUUAAUUUUUAACCAUUGAGUUUUUAAUCAUUGUCUGCUCAUAUCUCCAUUAAGGAUAGCAUUAAAGAAUACCAUUUUCAGUGCACCGGCAAUCAUACAAACACGUUGAAAAUCCCAUCUUCAUACAUGCACUUUAUAAUUCCCACUAUUUUAUUAUGCACAUGCUGUUUAUGCACGUGACAUGGACUCAGGAGCUGCCAUCUUGAUUGACAGCAAUCUUGUGCUUUUUUUGAAUGUGUGUCAGGCAUUUGAUCAUGAUCCCUUAUCAGUAAAUUUCUCUUUUACAUUUUCCCUUGAUAUUGUGCUUCAAGCUUACUUUCUCACAACCUUUAUUUUAUAGCUCCCAACAGACUGUUUCCCUAACUUGAAGAUACUCUGCAUUUCCUUGUUUUGCAAUAUGAAUUUUAAAGUUCAUUCAUUCUAUCGAUUUUAUUUGUAAUAAUUGUAAAUGUGCAUAAACUAUUAUAUGCAUUUUUAGACUUUGUUAUCCUGGGUAAGGGUUUCUGCCAAUUCAACAGUGUAUUAUUGUAUUGUUGAUGCAUUUCAUUUCAUAUCUGCUACACGCCAUCAGAAAAGCCUUCAAUACUAUAUCUUUUAUUUCUCUCUCCAGGAUAACUUGUAUGGUUUACCAUUUUAGUCAUUCGUAAUUAUGGAUAUUCACUGAAAGUGAAAAUGUUGUUAAAUGCCUUGUUCAAGUUAAAGCACUACUCCUUUCAUGAUACAAGCUUAAAAGCUUGUGUGUACAAAAUAGAAAUAUUGGUGCCAAUAUCAAUAUCCUACAUUUGACCUGUCAUAUUGGCCAAUGGUAGUACCUCCCUGUUUUACAUUCUAGCACAAAUGCAAAAUGCAACUAGCUUUUCAAAUUCAUGGAAGAAAUAGAAGAGCACAGAUGUGAAAUCAUGAGUGAAAAUGUAGCAAAUUUUAUAUUUUUAACAAAAUAUUUAAACUUGCUAGAGAGCAUGAGCCCAGAGAGCUACCAAGUCUAUAUAUCCUUUGCUUUUACGUUUGACUCGUGAAAAUGAUACAUUAAAAAUAAAACAUGAUUGUUUAGGGUACUUUUUGAGCAUGGCAUUUUCUCUUAAUUUAUGACAUCAGUGGCUCAUGCUGACGGAACGUGCAUGGUCAUCAUAUCAGCCAUACUGGCUUAUAUACAGAUGUAACUGUUUUAUUGUCCAUCCGUGCUAGCUUCAAAAAGAGUUCCUAACAAUGUCUGCACACCCACCUGUGAAUCUAAGGCAUGAAGAAUUCAUGUAAAAAUGACAUUUAUCUAGAUUUCAGAUGUCCUUGUGGUGUAUGAAAGCAGCCUGAUGUCUUAGUUUAGUCUUAGUUUGUCCUGGGUUGUCGUUGUGUCUGCUUGUUGACUUGUUUAGUCUGAGAAUUAACCAACCACCUGUGUCAUUGUUAUGGUGUCAGCUAAGCUUCAAAGUCUUAAAUGUGUUACAUACAAUGUUUCACACUCAGAAUUCCAUUAGGAAGAGCCUUUGUUCAGUCCUGUUUUAGCAAGAACCUCCGAAAGUGCUGUUUUAACUGUUAGUUGCUCUGGUAGCCAAAAGGACCAUUUCUAAACAGUCCUGUAUUUCAGACCAUGCAGUAAAAACUUGUCUGACCAGUUCAGUUUCAUUUCAUGUGUUCAGUAUUUGUGGAUUUAUCACAGUAGUCUCCAAAACUGCCAUGAGUGACUAUAUCCUUUCAAUUAAAACUGCUAAAGUUUAGGCUGUUCAUAAAAUAUGUAGUGUUAAAAUGUGGUGGGAGUCGGGACAUCUACUGUACAGUAUGUCGCACAAUAAUUGUUUUGAGAGAAUGUGGACAUUUGCAAAAACAAUGACUUGAAUAGGAUUUUUGAUGAGAACAUGGAUGUUAUGUCUUUGAACAGAGUGUAGUUUCCUCUGAUGUGUGUACACCUAAAGUGUUUCUAAAAGAUAUGUAUUUUAAGAAAAUGUUUAGAUGGUACAUGAAUAAAAUUUAAUUUAUUACUCGA